CACACAUUGUGAAGGGUUCCUGUUCCUGAGGGUCUGUAGAUCCACUCAGGGAGGUGGUGAAGCUCAGGAGGCUCAGACUGAGGCUGAGGAGGUGAAGAACAAGCUGGAGGAACAAGCUGCAAGAGAAGGAGGAGAGCAAAGUGUGAAGGUUAAAGGAGAAAGAAGGAGGUGGAAGCAAUGUGACUGUGAAGGAGGUGAGAGGAAGAGAGGAGAUGUUGUCUGGCAUGUGAGGAGGAGAAAGGAGAACUGAUGUGACUUUGGGGUGAAAGUGUCCUGGAGGAACAGGAGAAGAAAGAAGAGGAGCAGCAGAGAGAAUUCAUUGAAGCUUGUGUUUGAGGAGCAGAGUUGGUCUUCAUGAUGGGCUGCUGUCUGUUUGUUUACUAUCGGAAGAAGAGGAAGCAGGCCAGCAGAGAUGCAGACUCCCUCAGCCUCUGCAGUCUGGACAUCAGCGAGCCCAGCACCAAGCGCAGUAAACCUGUAUCCAGGGUGACGUCUCUGGCCAGCCUGCUGCCCCCCGUCAAGACCACACCGCUGAAGAGGAUUGGUCAGACCCUGCAGUCUCUGUCCCUGCAGCGCUCCAUCAGUUUUCGUACUGAGAGUCGGGCAGAGAGAGCUGCUCCUCCUGCCUCCUCCACAAUGAAGACACGUGUUACUUCAGCGACGCUCUCCAACCCUUCGUCCUCCAUGACUGGGACGCGGGUUUCCACGACAAUGGCCCCAGCCUCCAAGCGGCGUGACAGCAAGCUGUGGAGCGAAACGUUUGACAUCCAACUGGGGGCAUCGCAAACUCUGAGCCCAAAAGACAUAAAACGACAGGAGGCUAUAUUUGAAUUGGCUCAGGGUGAGCAGGAUUUGGUGGAGGAUCUCAAGUUGGCCAAGAAGGCCUACCAUGACCCGAUGCUGAAGCUGUCCAUCAUGACUGAGCAGGAGCUGAACCAGAUCUUUGGUACUCUGGAUUCACUGAUACCGCUUCAUGAAGACCUGCUGACUCGCCUACGAGACGCCAGAAAACCUGAUGGGUCCACAGAACACGUCGGGCACAUCUUGACUGACUGGCUGCCCUGCCUCUCCUCCUACACGCCAUACUGCAGUAACCAGGUGAAAGCCAAGGCCCUGCUGGACCAGAAGAAGCAGGACCGACGGGUCCAGGACUUCUUGCAGCGCUGUCUCCAGUCACCUUUCAGCAGGAAGUUGGACCUGUGGAACUUCCUGGACAUCCCCCGCAGCCGGCUGGUGAAGUACCCGCUGCUGCUCAGGGAGAUCCUGAAGCACACAGCCAACGACCACCCGGACCGGCAGCACCUGGACGAGGCGAUGCUGAUGGUUCAGAGUGUGGUAACUGACAUCAACAGGCAGACAGGAGAGUCAGAGUGUCAAUACUACAAAGACCGUCUGUUGUGUGAUGGCCAAAGGGACGAACUCAUCGACCGGUCAAAGACGCUCAGCUGCCAUGGAGUACUGAAGAACAACAGAGGACUUAAACUCCAUGUGUUUCUAUUCCAGGAAGUCCUGGUCAUCACCAGGUCAGUUUCGAUGAACGACCAGCCAGUCAACUAUCACCUCUGCCGCCAGCCAAUCCCCAUCCGACAGUUGGACUUGGAGGACCUAUCAGAUGGAGAGAUGAGAGUGGGCGGGUCUAUUAGAGGGGCCUUCAGCAACAAUGAGCGAACAAAGAAUUUCUUCCGGGUUUCAUGGCUCACUGGAGGCCAGCAGCAGAGCCACUAUUUCCAGGCCAGUGACGCCUUCAACAAACAGCAAUGGAUCAACUGCAUCAAACAAGCCAAGGAGGCUGCAGCACUGACUGGAGACCAACCACCACAGACAGGACGUCUAGAGACGGAGCUGGGUGGACAGAUCGGACUGAUGGAUUCUGGGCUUAAAAGUAGAAAAAUAGGGUGGGGGGAGAUGGAGACGAACCUGGGUUUGGAAGGAGAGGUUGGUUUGAAUGGAGAGAAAAAUCUUGGUAAAGAGGAAGCGGCGGAUUCGACUCCAGAGAUGGUGGAGGCAGGUUUAGAUGUGGAAGGUGGGAUGUGUUUGGAAUUAGACGGAGAAUCAGGGAUGGAUGGUGAGACAAAGACAGGGGUGGAGGUGGAGACGGGGCAGGUGGAGGUGCAGCCAGGAGCCACUACAGACUGGAAGAUGGAUGGAGAAGCAGAGACUCUGAGCAGAGAUGAUGUUCCCACCUCCCUCCUCUCCUCUCUUUCUUCCAGCCGGGAGGAGGAGGGGGUGAUGGAGGAGGAUCAGAGAGAUGCUAAGGAGGAGGGAGAGGUCGGCAUGGACACCGGUGAGUUUGACUCGCUGCAUGGUGAGGAGCUGACCCACAGGUGCUGAUGAAGGGACUAAAUAAACAAAGGCCUGAAGACAGCCAAUCAAACUGGGUACUCAAUGAUGAUGUCACUGACAAAACCAAAUAUGAAGGAUCAAACCAUGUUUAAUAUGGUAGAUUCCAGCGCUCACAUCAUGGUCACACAGACACUCAUCCAUGUAUUGUAUGGGCUGGACAUUGGACUCAUACAUGGCUGCAUCUCACUGAAAUGAAAACUAUUCCACUAUUGCAAGGAUAUGUUAACCCUGUAAGGACCACCAGCUGACUUCUGCUUGACCCAUUGACUUUACUUUGAGGUGACCUAAAAAUAAACCUCAUUUUUUUGGGUGCUGAGAGAUUUUUACACACCUGAAACCUCUGUAGAUUAAAAUUUCAUAUAUAACGUGGAAAAAUCUACCUUGUUUGCAGUAUUACACUGGAAGGUCAAUCGGUGAAGUGCUUUUUUGAGACACAGAGGAAUUUUUUUUUAUUGUAGUACCACAGAAGGCCACUGGGAAAUAUUGGCAGCAAGAGUAGCGAUAAAGCCAACAUGAUGUGUGUGCAGUAGAGAAGGCAUCAGUUAUAAGAUCACACUUCCAGGAUCCUCACUGAAGGGCGCGACUUAUGGCUUUAAAGUUUAUGCCACCCAAAAUACUACUUACAUUUUUGGUGGUUUGUUCAACUCAGAAUACUACUUUGUCAGUGUGCUUAUUGUUUUACAAGUUUCUUCCACCAAAGUAGUAUUUUAUAACCAACAAGGUGUUCGUGAUUAAUUCAACCCAAAAUACUACUUUCAAACAGAUGUGUUAUGCUUAUUUUAUUUGCCAGCGUCCGUGUGUGCUUGCAAAUAAAAACUGCCACAACAACUGCACUUCAUCAAAUGGCCACUCGAGGCUGUCUCCAAAGUGACCUUUAUAAAAAUGUCAGUUUUGUCUGUUUAGCUAACGUCCACAUUCAUGGCAAAAAGUACAGGGGCACGAUUUUUAUGUAACUCACCUGUUUAAAUUAUACUAGGACUUAAAAGUGUGUAUAAUUCAGGAUGCUGCUGCUUCGAGUACCAUGCAGGUGCCAUUAUAGGACAGUCCAUUACUCGGGGAUGUCCUAAGGAGGAUGUCAGGGCUGAAUUGUGUGUGGCUGGUAAAUGAUAUUGUAGAUCCCCUCCACUGUUUAGAGAUGACUGUUCCAGUUUGACAUAAAUGGUUUCCUUCACUCCUCUCUCAAACUAUCUUUCUACUCUGUCAAGAAUGUGAACAUUACUGUCCUCAAAGGGGUGUCCUUUAUAAUUUAGUACAGGUGGACUGCUGAGUCUUGUCCUGAUGAGCAGCCCUCCUACCAUGUGCUUGUGGAGCUGUUGUUUACUUUCCUAUAAAUACACACUACCAUUCAACGGUUUGGGGUCACCCAGGCAAUCUCAUGUUUUCCAUGAAAACUCCCACUUUUAUCCAUGUGCUAACAUAACUGCACAAGGGUUUUCUAACCAUCAAUGAGCCUUUCAACAGCAUUAGCUAACACAAUGUAGCAUUAGAACACAGGAGUGAUGGUUGCUGGAAAUGUUCCUCUGUACCCCUAUGGACAUAUUCCAUUAAAAAUCAGACAUUUACAACUAGAAUAGUCAUUUACCACAUUAACAAUGUCUACACUGGAUUUAUCAUUCAUUUAAUGUUAUUGUCAUUGAAAAAGAAAAAAGCUUUUCUUUCAAAGAUGAGGAUAUUUCUAAAUGACUCCAACCCUUUGAUUGUUGGUGUAUGUUACAUGAUAUUUAAUUAAACUUUUAUAUGUGCUGCAAAGUGACACUAGUGGGUCAGCAAAGUAUGUUGAGACUGAAGUUUUCAGUGUUAUGAAGGUGGAUCUCUUUUAACCUACCAGAUCACCAUGGUAGCUGAUUAUACCUAAAUGAUAAGGGACACUAUGUUGAGGACAUCAGUGUUCAUAUUCUGGCCAGAAAAGACAAAUGGUUUGAGAGAGGAGUAAAGGACAGAAUCUGUGUUAAACUGGAGCAGCAAUCACUAAACACAGGAGGAGGUAUGACUCCAUUUGUCGGGUACUUAUAGUGCAGUCCUGAUACCUCUUCCCAGGCAGUUUCACAACAGUUGAUGCGUUGUGAGCUUUGGGUCAUUAAUUGGGAUGUGAUCCAUUUAAUUUAGAGGUUAGCUUGAAUACCAGGGAUGACCCAAACUGAUCGUAAGACUGUAGAUCAUAGUAGCUUUAAAACGCACGAUAACGACACAAAUGUAUGCCUGAUUUCUUGUGUACACUGUUGUCGUGCUGAAAUGUGAGGCAAGCCAUAUUUAUGACUGUCAAAAAUGUUAGUAUCCUUCUGUUGGCACAACUAGGCAUCACAGAUAAUCUACAAUACUUGAAGUGUGUAUUAUUUAGGACAGUGAUGUCUGGAAUCAGCAGAUACUAAAUGGUAACUGACUCAAUCAGGACAUCCCUGUGAAACACCUGCAAUCCCCCACCUGUCAGUUACAACUGAGAAAGCCUCUUGGAUGAAACAGAACAUCUUCAAGAGACAAAAAAUAGAAAUCCAGCUGCUUUCUAGUGGAUGACAGGAUUUUGUUAUUGUAGAUGUUCGUGUAUUUGAACUCGGUUGUUUCAUGAGCUUCAGCUGAGAUUAGAACAUAAAAAUGCAGAAUGUCGUGUUAUAUAUCGCCUCUUCUGUCCCCUGUUGUGACACAAGUGGUCCUCAUGUAGGUGGCAGUGGGUCAGUCAUGGGAUUGGGGAUUUGAUCUCUCACAAUGUAACUGCUGUAUCCAGACUGUGGUAACCAUGGUAACUCCAGUUUUGCAGAAACGGUCAACCUCACGCUGUAGUCCAGUAAAUUUACUACCUGUGUGGAUGAUGUUAGGAGAACUGUAAAACAUGAGAGAGACUAGUUUUCCUGAAGUCAUUUUGAAAUGAAAAUGAGUCAUGCUGCAAUCACAGGUGUGACAACAAUGCAGCAACUGGAGCAAAUGCUUCCUCAUUAUUCCAGUAGAGGGAGCAAAGGUAUGCUUGUUGCAACUGCACUUAUUGUCUUUUUAAUAAUAAACUUAUCAUCACACAGUCCCCACAACCAGACGAUUAUAUUUAAACGGCAUACAUCAAUGAUGACAAGUAAUAAAAAGAUCAUACAUUUGGGUUCUGUAGGGUCAUGGUGGGGUGGAGCCUAUCCCAGCUGACUUAGGGUGAAGGCAGAGGACAACUGGACAGGUAACAGUCUAUCACAGGGCUACAUAUAGAGACAAACAAUCACACUCACAUUCACAUAUAUGGCCAAUGAGAAGUACUUUGGGUGAUUCCAUCUCAAAUCAUCAGGGACCUCCUGUUUAACCAUCUGCAAUACUGGACAAGCAAAUGAAAACAUCUCAGACUAUGGGUGAGUUGAAAUAUGAAAAAAAUUGAUACCUUCAAAAAAGAUUUCAUCUUUAAACGUGUUAAAAAAACUGAGAAGGUUGCAGUUGUCAAUUAGUGAUAUCUGAACCGCGUGCAGUUGAUUGUAAAAAAUAAUACAAUACGAAACAUAUGGAAUAGGUUUAAGGUGAAAUACUUUGAAUGAGCAACUCUAACAAGUUGUUCCACAAAAACUAAAACAUUGUUGGAUAGCUUUAUCCAAAUAGAACAGACUUCUGGACUCUCUAAAAUUGCUUUCAAAAUAUAACUAAGAAAAGAAUUUUCAAAUCCAGGCAGAUGCCGCUGUUUUCUGUCACUUUGGAUAUCACAUAUUUGGCUGAAUGCCCUACUUCUUAUUAGACAGAUACUUGAAGGCAAACUCUUGGGAUGCUACUACGUACAUGAACUCAGACCUAUUUAAUACUAGAAGAAUUUCAGGCAAAUCAGAGAUAGUCACUGAGAAAUAGUUCUGAAAAUGUGAUGAUGUGAGGUGGAAUAUCCCAUGUUUGGAUUGCCUUUUGAGCUGGUCAGCUGAUCAUUUGCCACAACAUGUUUUGAAUGUUGUUGAGUUGCUUUGCUGCAUCCUGAUCUACCUAAUGAUAUACUCUAUUCUUGGUUUUCACAGCACUCUCAGUCAAACUAAUCUUGACUAGUGCAGGUGGCUGUUUCUUCCAAGAAGUUAAAUGCUGCAAAAAUUCAGGACGUUUGUUUUAAACUACCUUCCCCCUCCUCUAAACUUGUAUCUCCAGUUUUCAUUUUCAUUUUGUUUCACGUCAGUCUUCUUACUUUUAAAAUCUUGUCUGGAAACACUGGAGAAGACAGAGCUGAACAUCCAGGUGUGAGGGAUCAUCAGAGUUUAUUCAAAGCACUAUAAACACAAUUAGAUGAAUCUUCUGUACAUUUUCAGUUUUGAUCUUCUAUCCUUUUGAUUUUCCAGUAUUCUGAAAAAAGCUGAAGCAGUGUUGCUUCAAAGCUGCUGCAAAUGUUCAGUGUUUUGUCAUGGGACUUCUUUCAAGAGAAGGCUAUUCCUUCUGUACGUAUGUAAAGAAUGUAUAUGAAGUUUAUGUGUAUAUGACUGUAGGAACAAAGCCAAGCAUGUCUGUUUGUUAUGUGUGUGUGCGUACACAUCACACAUGAAAUAUGACUGCACUGCCAAGACAAUCAGUAUGAUAUAUUACAUUUCUACCUAAGCAAUAGAGACUUAACAAGUAAAUGUUCCUGGAUAAAACUGUGUAACAAAAAGGUGAUAUUUAGUUGAGGUAGCAAGUGAUGUGUGGAUUGUCAAUGAACCAAAGAAUCAAUAAAUUGUUUGAAAAGAA